GAGGGAGAGAUAGAGAGCAUGUGUACCAGUUGGCUGUUGGCUGCACUUCAUUGGCUUCCUACGGAUCAGAACAGAGCAACAGAGAAGCCGAGCAGAGCUGGAAUAAGAGACAGAAGAGACAUUGUUCUGAUCAGAUGAGUAAACAAAUCAAAUGAGUGAAAGUACAACCAUUAUUCAACUCUUUGUGGGGUUACUCCUCGGUGUGGCAGGUGGACAUGCCUCCUGCCCCAUUGAGUUGAGCCCACCCAGUGUUGUUGUGAGGUAUGGAGACCCAGUCUCAAUCAACUGCAGCACAUCAGAGACCCUGUUUGAAGGAAUUGGCUGGGAGGCUACAGAAGGAGCAAAACCCCUCCAGAAUGUCAACCAUCUCACCUGGACUGUGGACAAGCUGACCGACUGGUCCUUCUCUACCUCCUGUUACUUCAACUACCAUGAAAAUAGUUCAUCGACCCAGUGUCUCAUUACCCCAGAAGUUGUCCUUUACACAUUCCCAGAAGCCAUCACAAUGAGCUCCAACAGUGACGAGGGUGUGAUGAAAGAAAUGGAGGAAUAUAACUUCACAUGCCACAUCCCCAAUAUAGCACCUGUUCAAAGACUCAGUGUAAAGUGGUACAAAGGAGAUGACUUCCUUCACACAGAGACUUUCAAUAAUAUCAAUAAAAAGCCAGUCAAUCAGACAUCCAUCCUCCGCUUUAAAGCAACAAGACAAGACAGUGGAGUCACUUUCAGAUGCGAGGCCCAUAUGGACCUGGGCCAAGGAGAGCUACAACUUAAUGUGUCUUCCCAAGACUAUAAUAUCACAGUUUAUUAUGGACCAGAGUUGUUCUGUCCAAGCACUUACACUGUACUGGAGUAUGCUCCCCACAAUCUCACCUGUACUGUUAAGGGCUUUCCUGAACCUGAGGUCGUCUGGUACAAAGAAGGCGAGGAGGUGGAACUUUCACAGAACCUAACAAAAACGGAUGCAGGGCAGUACAUUAUCAUAGCCUCAAACAAACUUUCAAGUGUCAACCUCUCAGUGGAUAUCACUGUCCUGUAUCCACCGUCACAGAUUGUUGAGCUUGAAGACUCUGAAGUUGACGUUGGUUCCACUGUGUGGUUGAAGUGCUCCUCAACGGGCAACCCACGACCAAAAUAUUCCUGGGAUUAUUACCGUACUGACAAUGUGGAGGAGGACAGUGAGGAUGGAGUGUCCCGUCUGCUCAUCCAUAAUGCUACUGCAUUCAACAUGGGCCUCUACACUUGUCAUACCUGGAAUGACAUGGGAAAUGUCUCAAAAACAGCCAGGGUCACAGUAAAAGGUGCAGAGCAAGAAUGCCCCAUCGAAAUAACUCCGGACAGGAUGGUGAUAGAAUACCAAGGAAGAAAUCAGAAUGCAACAUGCAAGGCAAUAUCCAACAUUUCAGGCAAUGUUAAAGAAAUAAACUGGAAGGAUCAGCAGGGCAUCAAGAAGUCCUCCAGUUGGUCUGCUGACACCCAUAAAGACUGGGAUCCAAGGCCUGUUUGUACCGCCAACUUUGAGGGCAUAGGAUGGUGCCAGAAACGUUUAAACUUCACUCUUUACAAAAUCCCAGACAGUGUCUCCAUCCUCACUGUGGGUAACUUAAGGUCUGUGGUGGAGGCGAGAGAGUUCCAGCUGCAGUGUGAUAUUACCAACGUUGCUCCAGCAGGAAACCUGGCAGUGCGAUGGUACAUAGGGAAUGAAACCAUUGAACCACUGAAGGGCUCAAUGCGAGUGACGGGCUGCCUACUCGAGAACAACAAAAACUGUGAUGUAAGUGGCAUUCUAUCGCCUCUGAAUGUGUCGUCGACUAUCAGCAUUACUCUGAACAGAACGCACAAUGGAGCUGAGCUCAGAUGUGAAGCGCAGUUGGACCUUGGAUCUGAGGAACCUCAGCCUGCUCCAAACAUGAAGUCCAGCCCCCUCAACAUCUCUGUCUACUAUAAGCCAAUCAUUAAUACCACAAAACUUGCAAAGACAGUCCCAGUGUUCAGAGGUUAUCCUGAGGAGCUUGUUUGUGAAGCUGAUGGUAACCCACCUCCAAAGAUUGUGUGGCUCUGCAGCUCGGACAACGUGCCCCAUGUGUCUGGAGACAUGUUGACCGUAUCUGAAGCAGGCCUCUGCAACUGCACGGCCGCCAAUGAAGUAGACUCCAUCUCCUUUGAGGUUGAAGUGAUUUUAAAAGAGGACUACCUUCCCCUCAUAGCUGGAUUUGUGGCUGUCACUGUAGUUGCCAUCUCCAUCAUAUUCGUCUUCAUCUACUCAAUCUACUACAAGAACACCAAGAUGCGACGCUACAGUCUUAAAAACCCCAAACUUAACACCCACAAUGGAAACGUAGCUCACAACGGCUGGGACAUGCAGUUUCCUAUGACUAAACUGCCCUAUUACACUAACAGGAAGUGCACUAUGUUUCUAAAGGUGAAUGAAAAGAAGAAAAGGCGUGACACGUACGACGGACACAUUUUUGUCAAUACGUUUUUCGGCUGGACCAUUUUACAUUUGACUUUGAAAGGCUUUCUUCCUGGCACAUAUUGCAGAAUGUUGUUCUUCGUUCUUAUCGCCUUGAGUGCGUGCUCAGGACAGCCUGUGACUUCCUCCUGUCCGGUUGAGAUGAGUCCUACCACAGCUGUGGUGAGAUUUGGAGACCCCUUCUCUGCCAACUGCAGCUCAUUGUCUAACCAGACAGAGGGGAUGGGCUGGGAGUCUACAUUAGGAGGCACGCCACUUACACACGGAUUCACAUUCCUUCCCUUAAAAAUAGACUCUGUCACAGACUGGACCGUAAAUGCACAAUGCUUCUUAAAUACGCUUGAUGAAAAUCAGUGUUUUAAAAUCCUGCCGAUCACAGUGUAUAAAACACCAGACAGUGUGUCUGUUCAUCAAGUGGAUCAAAAAGGCCCAAUAGUGUCAGGCCAGUCAUAUUCUUUGCAGUGUGACGUUGAAAAUGUUGCACCAAUGAGACACCUCUCUGUGUACUGGUACCAAGGAAAUCAGUUAGUCGGAAAACAUAAAGUUGGCAAUCCAGAGCCAAUUCCAGCCAACAAGUCAUUUAUCCAAGCUAUGCGUGCCCAUUCUGAUGAUAAUGGGACUAAGAUCUGGUGUGAAGCACAGCUGAACUUUCCGGGAGUACCAAACGCUUACACAGUCCGAUCAGAGCCACAUGAAUUGAUUGUCCUGUACCCACCCUUUUUCAUGGAUCCUGCAAAUGAGACGCACGAAAUUCGAGCUGAUAGCAAAACUACAUUAAAUUGCACUGCGACAGGAAACCCUUCACCCAGUUACAGCUGGCAUUUCCCAGACAACACACAGAUGAACUGGAGUCAACAUAAGCAUCCAGCCUUUUUGACUCUGAACAAUGAUGUUCCAGGGACUUAUAAAUGCACUGCUUCUAAUACCCAGGGCACCACGAGCAAAUAUUUCACUGUCAUCAAGGCUAAAGGGAAUCGCACAACCUUUGCAGCCUUGGUUGGAGGAUUUGUGUCCCUAGGAGCCCUGCUAUUUGUCGGCGGACUCUUUUUCAUGACACCUGAAGGCACAUUUGCUUUCAACAAAGGCAGCUAUCUCAAAGGACAACCUACCUCAUCCGGACCUGUAUGGGGGCCCUUUUGUUCCAACAUAGUUCCCUGCAGAGUUGCCAAGUUUGUCCAAGUUGGAUUUUUCUUUCCCUCGCGGCUUUAUCGACGGAUCAGUACAGAAAGUAACAUGGGGACCACAUUUCUCUCAUGGAUUCUGACCUUUUGCAUGUUUUACUCAGUGUCAGGUGAAGGUUGUUCCCUAAUCCUCAAGCCCUCCAGGGUGGUGGUGGGCUUUGGGGAGCCGGUGUCAGUCACCUGCGAGGCCGCCCGCCCUGUCCGUGUCCUUGGAUGGGAAUCGGCCAUCAGUGCUGCACACACUCAGCAGGAGUUGUCUGUCCAGUGGAAGGUGGACAGUCUCAUCGAUUGGAUAGAGGAGCCCAUCUGUUAUGGAGUGUUUUUCACAGCCCCGAGACAGUGUGAGGAGAAACUCAACCUCGUCCUCUACAAAACCCCAGACAGUGUCUCCAUCAGGCCUGUGAACCUCACUGGCCCCAUGGUGGAAGGAAAAGAAUACCAGCUGCUCUGCGAGGUUCAAAACAUCGCUCCAGUUCAGUAUCUCACCCUGAGGUGGUACAAAGGGCAGACUGAGGUUUACAACCACUCCUUCUCUGACCUCACAUCCACCUCGCCUGUCCAAGUCUCCUCUAUCCUCUUGGUCACACCAACUAAGGCUGAGAAUGGAGCACAGUACCGUUGUGUGGCAGAGUUGGAGCUCGGACCAGAGGGACCAAAACCCCCUCCUACUGUGACCUCGGAGCCUUUAAAUGCCUCUGUGUACUUUCCCCCAGCGUUUCUCAAUCCUGAACCAGAAGUUUUGGACCUUAUAGAGGGCGUUGAAAUAACAUUAAACUGCACCGCCACCGGAAACCCUGUGCCUGUGUAUAGCUGGCAGUCCUCACAUCCCAUACCAGAGAGGAUGGAGGAUGAAGCAGUUCUUACCUCCUCCUCCUUGAUCCCAGGGACGUACACCUGCACUGCCUCCAACACACUGGAAAAGAGGAGCAAGCAGUUCAUUAUCAAGGCCGCGACCAAAGGUGCUUGAAACAGGACGUUGGGAUGGGACAAGAUGACCACGUUGGAUAUACAAUUCAACCAAGGAGACUUUGAAAAUGCAUUUAUGACUCAACCAAUAUUUAUAAAGUGAUAGAGAGCAUAUUUAAGAAAGCAUCAGGCAGAAGUAACUCUCUUUAAAAGAAAAGAUCUUAAUACUUUGUGUGAUAACAGUCAAUUAAUUUGUCUGUAUUUUCUCUUGAAUGUGGUCUACGAGAGUGAUCAGAGUCGGAGGAUGUUCACUUCUUAUGCUCUCAGUGUGAUAUCCUGUAUCUAUUUUAUAUUUUUUUGCUAGGCUAACUAUUGUAUUAACAAAAUGAUCUUGUGACUUUGCGAAUAUGUAGCUACUUUACAUAGCAAUUAUUGCUAACACGUUAAUUUAAUACUGCAAAUGUAAUACCAAAUGUUAAAGAUCAACAGGCUAUUACUGUAAAUAUGAAUAUUUACCUAUCUUUAUGAAUAAAGUUAAAAUCAACAGUA